AUGCUUAUCUUUCUAGCACCCCUCUACUUCUCGCUUGUAUCGACCCGCGCUGCUCCAUUGGAUCUCUUUGGUGAACUGGAUGUCCUUCGUCCACGCGACCAGCUACCUCUACCGACCUGUGAUUGUCCUGCCGAUCAGCGCACGGUUUUCACUAUCGUCCAGAACUGCAUUGUGACGAUCGCUUUAUGCACCUGGUCCUCAGUUCAUCCCAACAUUCCAGGGCGAGAUGAAGGAUGGUGGGAGGUGACCCGGCGAAGGAUCGAAUUGAUGUUGUGGGGAUUGAUCGCGCCAGAAUUUAUCCUCAUCUGGGCAAUGAGGCAAUGGAGGGGCGCUCGGCAUAUAACGCAAAAAGUUCAUGAGUUGUGUGAUGUACGCUGGACGAUGACACAUGGCCAUUUCGUACAGAUGGGAGGAUUUACGCUGAUGGACGGAGAUGUCAACAAGGGCGUACUCGCUGCCGAGAAAUUUCAAGAGUUGCUCAAGGCGAAGAAAAUAGAUCUUCCAACGAUUACGGAGGAAGAAAUCAACGACCGUAGCAAAGGCGAUGGCCUAUCUGCUACCCUUACUGUCGUGCAAACUACGUGGUUCAUCAUUCAGUUCUUCCUCCGACUGAGAGAGUACAAGGGUCUCGCCAUUACUCAUAUAGAAUGGCUUACUGUUGCCGUGGCGAUUUUCAAUGGAGCCCUCCACUUCCUUUGGUGGCGAAAGCCCCUCAAUGCUCAGUUUCCUAUACCCCUUGCUUUGCGACUCGACGCCUCCAAUCCGGUUCAAGAUGCAGAACUUCCUUCGGGUGAGGUUUAUAUUUGUCAAAUACCGAUUUUUGUUGAAUUUAUGGGACAACAAAAACUACAGCACCUCAUGACGGGCAGGACAUGGGCAGAAACAAAGGAAACCCUUGAUAAACCCGAUCAAGCAAUAUCUGGGUCGGAACGUAAAGAUUAUCAGAAGGGAUCCAGAAUAACGAGGGGAUUCACUAAGCUCACCUCCUUCAUUUCGAAUCCACUUAAGGCGCUUACAAGGAGGUUAGGCGAAAUAACCGCCUUGAAUCACGUUGUCAAAGAAGGGGCGACGCGGGUUCCCACAUUUUACGGAGCUGAGAUUGAUUCCAACUCUCGUAUGCACUGGCAAUGGAUCAUUGCAAUCCUUUUUUCCAUCAUCUUUGGAGUGAUUCAUUUUCUUGCUUUUUUUGUUUCAACAUUUCCAACGGAGACGGAGGGUUACGUCUGGCUUUUUUCGUCAUUUUUUACCCUUUUGCCGAUCCCAAACCUUCUUUCAUUCGUCUAUAUUCAGCAUCAACAUGGCAGGCAGAUGUUGAUCGCUAGAAUCUCCACAUUGCUGGGGAUAUACAUCUUGGCACGGGUCAUUCUCUUCGUGUUAGGAUUUACCACACUACGCGGCCUUCCGCCAGCGGCGCUCGAUAACAUUCAUUUUAACCACAUUUUUACAGACAACUAG